AGAAGACGUACUCACAAUUCAGUUCACUAAGCUUACAAAGCAAGCSACUGCCGAAAAAUAAUCCUAUUCAAACUUAAAAUGGUCAAAUUCCUGAUUGUUCUGUGCUCAUUCAUUGCUUGUGCUGUCGCCAAGCCAGGUCUCAUCGCGCCACUUGCUGCUCCAUUGGCCGCAGYACCGCUUGCUACCGCCGCCAUAAAUGCCCCAUUGGAUGCUGCUUAUGCCAGCAGUCGUCUUGAUAUUCAGCAGAGAUAUGGUGCCGCUCUAUUUGCUGCAGCACCCGCCAAACUUGUCGCCUCAGCACCAGUUGCCGCUCCAUUGGCUGCUUCCCCCGCUAAAAUUGUGGCUUCGGCUCCAUUAGCUCCUCUGGAUGCCGCUUAUGCCAGCAAGCGUCUUGACAUCCAACAGAACUACGGAUCAGCAGUAGUCCCAGCCACUUUUGCCGCUGCACCUGCUAAACUUGUUGCUAGAGUCGCUCCAGUAGCACCACCCGCAGCCGCGCCAUCUCUGUGGUUCAACUUGUCUUCACACAAGCAACUUAAGAAAUAUCACUCAAGCAAAAUGUUCAAGCACGUSAUUGUUAUCCUGGCUGUCAUUGCCUGCACUGCCGCCAAGCCCGGUCUCUUGCACGCCCCACUGGCCGCCGCACCGCUCGCCCUCGCCGCACCAGCACCGAUCAUCACGGCCACCAGCAGCCAGGUUGUUGCAAGAACCCACAAUGGCAUUGCCGCCGCACCAAUUGUUGCCGCUGCCCCUCUAGCGGCUGCGCCUUURGCCGCCCCAAUUGCACCGAUUUCACCGUUGGUCCGCUACGCUGCCGCACCGCUCGCCGCACCCAUUGCACCAGUCGCUCGCUACGCUGCCGCCCCACUCGCCCGCUACGCAGCUGCUCCGCUCGCGUACACAGCCCCCCUCGCUGCACCCGCUCCUUUGGCGUACGCUCCCUCCUACGCGGCGCCUCUGCACUACGCAGCCGCACCAGCGCUAUGGUAACAACACGACGACGACUCAUUUUGCUUAAAUUAAUUUAAGAAAAGAUAACAAACAAUUAAAAAUAGUAAUAAAACAGCAUAGUCUAUACAAAA